AACCGUCGUAGGAGUCGUUGUGGAAGUCGUGUCUUGAUGGAAGUUUUGUCUUUGGCGGUUGUGUUUCGUCGAGACUUUUGGUCGUCGUUAGUGGUUGUGAUUUCACCGGGGCUUUUGUUCAUCGUUUAUGGUAGUGAUUUCGCUGGGGCUUUCAGUGUCGGUGGUCGUCGUUGGUGGUUGUGA